AUGGGACCGUUGAGAAUGCCACCGCGAGAGAAAACGGCGCCGGAGACCUCGUUGCCUCGUCAUACGCGCUCAUGGCCGCCAGCAGGUGCAUCUACUCCGUUCGAGUCUGAGGUUGAUAUGACUCCCCCACCCACACCACCAACGGAGAAGGAUGCGUUCAAUUUCUCGACAUCAGCCAGCAAAGUCCAUUCAGGCGCUCCUCAAGUAUCAGCGGCAUCGCAGGUUGAGAAUGAAACGACUGUGCCUGUGAAGCAAUCCUCUGGAGACCGCCCGGCGUCCAUAUCAUUACCUUCAAGCAACAAUAGCGAGGAGCACACCGGACCCGCCACUUGGCUGGACCGCGCUCUCCGGCACUUGCGUAAGGAGUCCCUGUCGUGCAAUGACUUUCGCUUACAUAUACUGCCAGAACCGUCCUCGAAUGCUGCCAUUACAGCUCCAAAUUUCCAGAUUGUUGCUCAGGCAAUGCCGGGAUAUGCAGGCGAUACUUCUCCGAAGCAAAUCUUCGAAGCAGUCGUAAGCAAAUUACAGGAGCCAGCUGGCAAUGUGCCGAACAUCACGAUCACACAUGUUUUUACAUCGCGUGUGGAUGUGAGCCUAAAAGAUGCACCAGUCUCUCCGCCUGCGACUCCCAACGCAUCCGAUGGCGGUAGCGAUUAUUUCAACCAUCAGAGGACCUUCACUAAUAUCGCACGAAUCCGAGACUAUCACUCGAUCGAAAAUGGACCGCAAAGGCUCACCUACAACGUGCACGUAGCUCCACCCAACUCUGUACACGUCAGUCUCCUAGAGAGAUAUCUUCCUCCAACGACACGACAGGAGUUUCAAGAUUUCUUCAGCCUGGACAAUCGGUCGUAUCUUGUCGAUCGCCUCACAGAACUGCAAGACGGGAGCUGGGGUCCGACUGGCGGUUUGUUGCUGGUGUAUCCCACCCUAGCAGGCGCGAGAACAUUCAAAACUUACUACAAAGAUCCUAUACUCGAUCCUCUUCUCCGCCGAAUCAUUUCACUGCGAGGAUUGACGACAAGAGCUGGCGAAGCCUUGGGCAGAAUGGAUGCACUCGACGUCAUGAUGGACUUCGACGAUAUGCAGUCUGCGAUCGAAAGGAUAUGUCGUGGCUUGGAAGCACGUUCGACUGCCGCCGGGCGCGCAAGUCAUUUCACUCUUGAGCACGCGGAGCGAAUCGAAGUCGUUCUAGAGAAGCGAACAUGGAUCCAGCAAUUCAUCGCGCAGGAAAGCUCACGUAUGAAGCAGGACUUGAUCGAUUAUCAAAAAAGCGGACAGCGCAUGCCAGCAAAAGACUUCGAAGCUUCACCUGCAGCUCUCGCAAGAGAGGUAGAGGAUGGCAUUCGUAACAGUACAGAGGCCUCGGGGGGCAUUGGCAUAGAAAUGGGCGUCUAUGUCAUUCGAAGAGCACUGGUCUGA